UUGUCAUUUUUGUUCCAGUAAAACAAACAGAAACAGAAUAGCGGAUAUUUAUCUUAUUUCUCCUCCCAACUUCUCCCACAUUUUUUCUGUUUAACUGGACAAGACAAGAAGCUUUCUCUUUUCGACAGUAACUACGAAGACAUUUCUCAAAGGAUUUGAUUCUUCCUUUUGGGCUGCAGGGCUGUCCGGUUCUCCUUUUAACAAAACACAACCAUCGGGAGUCAAAAGUCCCAUCUCUGCAGCUUGGGCUCACCAAUCACAACCAGCGCCGCCAUUUACCAGCCUAGUAACAACGCUCCACAAACUGAUUCUGCACAUCUGUGUCAGUGAUGAGGACCACCACUGCUCUGCUGUUUGUCUGUUUUUGGAUGAACGCUGGCAUCCAUGCUGCUCAGAAAGAUCAAAAAUGUGGCUCUACUCCGGCGGUGAACCCAAGGCGUCGAUUCCUGAGGGUGGUCGGAGGAACCCAAGCUACAUAUGGAUCCCACCCAUGGCUGGUAUCAAUACAGAAUAAAGGCUCUCAUUUCUGUGGAGGGGCCAUUCUGACUGACAGCUGGAUACUGACUGCGGCACACUGCUUCCCAUCCUUAUCAAAUGUCUUUCUGAGUGGUGUGACCGUUCUGGUGGGAGAGUACGACCUACGAGUAGAAGAUAAAGAUGAGCAAGUCUUCACAGUCAAGUCUCUGUUAAUCCAUGAGAACUACAACCACGCAUGUCCGUUGAAUUACGACAUAGCUCUGGUGGAACUGCAUCGUCACAUCGCAAUGGGAGCCCGUGUCAGGCCAAUAUGUCUGCCUCUGCCUGAUUUUCAAAUCCCGCCAUCGACUAAAUGUGUUGUUGCUGGAUGGGGAAAAACAUGGGAAAGAGGACACAUUCCUGCAGUCCUGAGAGAAGUCCACCUGGGUUUGGUGGAUCAAGCCAAGUGUAAAUAUGUCCAACUGAUGAUCAAAAGCUCAUUUCCAAAACAGAAACAGAAGUUCCUUGAUCGAGCCAUGACGAUUCUGUGUGCCGGAGCUGAGGGAGGAGGCAGAGACGCCUGCCAGGGAGACUCUGGCGGUCCUCUGGUAUGUCAGGCAGGGGCCGGAAGCGACCACUGGAUUGUGCUGGGGAUAACUUCCUGGGGUCAAGGAUGUGGUCGGAGCUGGGGAAUAAAAGGCAACCGGCAUCCGUCAAAGAAAGGAUCUCCAGGAAUUUUCACUGACGUCAAGCUGCUGCUGCCCUGGAUCAAGCAGAAGAUGAGGGACGCUGAGCAGCAACGACAAUCAACUUCAGGACUGUGCAGUGUGACAGAUGGCCCAGUAUCGGACAGUGAAGGGUUGAUCAGGAACCCCACUUUCCCUGACACCUACUACGACAAUAACCAGUUGUGUUUGUGGAGCAUCAAGGCUCAUCCAGGUCACAGCGUUCUGCUAGAGUUCGACCAUUUUGAUGUGGAAAAUAGCUCGUAUUGUCGGUUCGACCGACUCACGGUUUCAGGAUCAAAGAACAGACCUGUUGGAAUAUUCUGCGGUAAAUUACUGCCAGCUCGAGUGUUUCUACAGAAUUCCCAGAAUGCAGUGCUGUUCUUCUCCUCUGACAUUAGUAGGGCAGGGCGUGGAUUUUCAGUCAGGUACCGUGGCAUCAAGGGAUCCUUUCCUCCAGCAUGCGGGACUAUUGUUCUGGUGGAGGAUCAGAUUUCACUCCACACCUCAAAUUACCCACAGUCCUACAAUAAUGACUGUGUACUCCGCUGGGUCAUCUACGCUCCUCCGGGACAUCGAGUUAAGCUGACGUUUGCUGACUUUGACCUGGAGGAGUCGGAGAGAUGUUUGCAUGAUUCCCUGACAGUUCUGGGAGACUUUGAAGGGAGCAAAGAGAUUGCUGUGUUGUGUGGCGGCAGUAUUCCCCCUCCGGUCCUCUCCUUCAGCAGCAUCAUGGUGCUUCAUUUCACCUCAGACAGUCGUAUCACUCACAGGGGCUUCAGCGCAGGACUGACCUUCAUCAGGGAGGAAGAUUCAUUCAAGCAGCAGUCCAGAAGCAAAGCUCUCACCCAUUAAGUGUUGAGAAACGAGAGUCCUCAGCGGAUCAAAGAUUUCAUGCUGGAAGGAAAUCAAAUCACGAAGAGCACAGUGGUGAAUCCUCAGGAAAUUGACACUUAUUGCUGGAAUGAGACUCAUCUUCAUUUAGAAAGAGAGAAACUAGAAUUGAUCAACCACUUUCUGUUCAAUCGCUGAUUGGUAUUUCAGGGGAAGCAUAAAAAACAUUGUUUACAUGUUGAUUUACUUGUGUAAAAAUAAUCUGCUGUCAAGACUUGUUAAAAACAAAAUGCAACUUUUGUUAAAAUAGAAUUUUCACAAUGUUUAUAGAGUCACAUUUCUAUUAAUUGCAAUAAAGGAUAUUAGUUGAUUCCACCAUUAUAGCA